CCGCCUUGAUCAUAGGAGAGGAUCAGAAGUUUGCCACUCUCUCCAGAUUUCUCGAUGCCGGUCAAUCACUGCUCAUUUCUCCCAUCCUGCAAAAUGAUGGCGAAAAUCCUUUUACUCGGGCAAAAGACUUAUUAAUCGAACGUUUUGCUCUUACAGCAGUACAAAGGAUACACCGUGCCCUUUUUGAAGAGAAGAGGAGCUCUGAAGAGAAGACGGCUCAUCUCCUGAGCCGAGUCGAUCCGUUGCUAGAAAAAAUUUCUAUUGACGACAUCCGGAAGUACAUUAUUUUCGCCUCGCUACCGGAAUCUCUGAAAGAACAUGUUGCGACGGACUUCGACAGUGCGUCUGUUGAAGCCUUCCGCUCGAAGUGCGAUGCUCUCCUUGACGUCAAGACGGAUAAAGGAGCCUCUUCAGUCGCAGCAGUAUGGUCAACGGGAAAACUGGAUGGGAACAAGAACAAGAGUGGUAAAAAGAACAGAGAGGCCAAUAACGCCAACCCGAAAAAUGGCCCAAGACCAUGUACAUCUCACCUUGCGUAUGGUAAAAAAGCGAAGACGUGUCGUGGACCGUCGUGUCCCGCCUGGUUGGAAGGAUUGAGACAAGUCCGGUUCAUAGACAAGGAGGCGGGAAACGAAGGAGCGACGUCGACCGAGGGGCCAUCGACGUCAGGAAA